AUGUCUACGCUCAAAGAGGCCAUCUCAAGUGAGGCCAGACGGCCCAGCGUGCUCUACGCCGAUGAGUCUCGGCGCAAAGCAAGCGUUGCCCAAUUGACCUCCAACGUCACUGGAGAAGUCCGUAACCCUCUCGUCGGUAUCCCACGUGAACAGAUGCUCCAAGAUGUCGAAAAUUAUGCCGCGGAAAACAACCUCAACGAUAUUCUACCUCUACUCCGCAAGGGAGCCUUGGUCGCCCAAAGCCCCCAUGCGAUCGAACACAUCCCGGAGUUGGACGAGUCAGAGCGUCAAAUAUUGCGUGAAGAGGUCACUCAUCGUUGGAGACACCCCAAAACUCUCUAUUUCACCAUCAUCCUCAACUCGAUCGCAGCUGCCAUCCAGGGCUGGGAUCAGACUGGUUCCAAUGGGGCCAACCUGUCUUUCCCCGAAGACUUCGGUAUUGCCGAUACCGGUCCGACGUGCGAGGCUGCCGGUAACUGCGACGACAAUUCCUGGCUUGUUGGCUUCGUCAACUCUUGCCCCUACAUUGCUAUUGCGUUCUUCGCGGGAUGGAUCUCGGACCCCAUCAAUGAUUUGGUCGGCCGUCGUGGUACUAUCUUUAUUGGUGCCAUCUUCUCCCUCCUAGCCCCUCUUGGAUCUGCCUGCACACAACACUGGGGUGAGCUUGUAGCUACUCGUAUCCUGCUUGGCAUUGGAAUGGGUCUCAAAGAAGUCACUGUACCGGUCUUUUCCGCUGAAAAUUCUCCUACAAACAUUCGAGGAGGUCUGGUCAUGUCAUGGCAAGUCUGGACGGCCUUUGGAAUUUUCCUUGGUACCUGUGCAAACUUGGCGGUCAAAGACACCGGUGAUAUUUCCUGGCGUCUCCAGCUAGGCUCCGCCUUUAUUCCAGCCAUUCCAUUGGUACUAGGUAUCUAUUUCUGCCCGGAGUCUCCUCGUUGGCUUAUGAAGAAGAAGAGACAUGCAAAGGCAUACAAUGCUCUGCUUCGUCUCCGAAAUACACCUCUCCAAGCUGCCCGAGAUCUCUACUACAUUCACGCUCAAUUGAUCCAGGAAGACAUUCUUGUGGAGGAGUCUGCUGUGGCGACUCAUGGCAACUUCUUCACUCGAUUUGUUGAGCUGUUUACGAUUCCCCGUAUUCGACGCGCUACACAAGCCUCGGGUAUCGUCAUGAUCGCUCAGCAAAUGUGUGGCAUCAACAUUAUCGCUUUCUAUUCGUCUACGGUGUUUUCCAACGCCGGAGCUAGCGUGACGGGAUCACUGCUCGCAUCCUGGGGUUUUGGGCUUGUGAACUUCGUCUUUGCGUGGCCUGCAGUUUGGACGAUCGAUACUUUCGGACGACGGGCUUUGCUACUGUUCACGUUCCCCAAUAUGUGCUGGACUUUGUUGGCCGCUGGAUUUUGCUUCUGGAUCCCGGAGAGUAGCGAUGCUCAUCUCGGUUUGAUCGCGUUGUUCAUUUUCUUGUUCGACGCCUUCUAUUCUCCGGGAGAAGGGCCGGUCCCAUUCACGUACUCGGCGGAAGUCUUCCCUCUAUCUCAUCGUGAGGUCGGCAUGUCCUGGGCGGUGGCAACCAACAACUUUUGGGCGUCCGUCCUGUCUCUCACUUUCCCGCGUAUGCUCCAGGCCUUCACGCCUCAAGGCGCAUUCGGAUUUUACGCUGGUCUGAACGUGAUUGCUUUCUUCAUGAUCUUCUUCUGGCUUCCAGAAACCAAACAACGAACUCUGGAGGAAUUGGAUUACGUCUUCGCCGUGCCCACUCGUACACAUAUGCACUACCAAACUACCCAGGUCUUCCCCUACUGGUUCAAGACCUUCGUCCUUCGCCGCAAGGGACUUACUCCCCCACAACUUUACAAAUUCGAUUCAGACGAGUACACAGUUGCAGACUCGAAACAUGAAGAACCCGAACCCAAGUCCGAGUCCGCAUGA